AUGUCCGAAAAGACUUGCCCCAGCAGUGAAGCGAGAUUACCCAGUAAUGACUCCGCAGUGGAUAGUAAGGUAGAUGCUGCGGCCUCUAUCGAAUACUGGAAGAGCGUUCCCGCCACAGCGAACGCCAUGCUCGCGGCCCUGGGGGCCUAUCCCUGGUAUUCGCGAAUUGAUCUGCGGGGCUCCAAAACAUUCCUGGCCAAGAUCAGACGCCUGGUGCCGGCGUGCACCAGAGAAGGGAAAUUGUCCCUAGGGGUUGACUGCGGCGCUGGUGUUGGGCGUGUGACCGAGGGCUUUCUCUUCAGUGUUUGUGAAACGGUCGACGCUGUUGAGCCAGUUGAUCAGUUCACUCGGGUUCUGCACGAGAGCUCUUUGAAACAAUCUGGCGUGAUCGGUGACAUAUAUGGCGUUGGACUGGAAAACUGGUUUCCGGAAAAGAAAUACGACUUGAUCUGGACCCAGUUCUGCGUGGGCCAUCUGAAAGACGGCCAGCUAGUGGAAUAUGUGGCACGGUGCCGUGAUGCUUUGUCCACGGCUGGAAUAAUGGUUGUAAAAGAGAAUCUCUCGACGGAUCCAAGUGGCGGCGACAUGUAUGAUGAGCUGGAUAGCAGCGUGACCAGAACAGAUGAAAAGUUCAAGGAUAUCUUCCGGCGCGCUGGUAUGAAUCUUAUUGCAUCCGAACUGCAGCUGGGCUUCCCGAAAGCAUUCAAGCUGUUGCCGGUCAAAUUCUAUGCCUUACGACCGAAGGAGUGA